CUGAAACAAAUCUCUGAACCUGUCAUCUGUAUCCCAGGAGUCCUACCAGGGAUGUCGUCCUCAGGCAUGCCAGACCUACCUGCCCCACUCACCAAUAUUAAGAUCCAGCACACUAAGUUAUUCAUAAACAAUGAAUGGCACGAAUCAGUGAGUGGUAAAACAUUUCCUGUCUUCAAUCCAGCAACUGAGGAGAAAAUCUGUGAGGUAGAAGAAGCAGAUAAGGAAGAUGUUGACAAAGCAGUGAAGGCUGCAAGAGAAGCUUUUCAGAUGGGAUCGCCGUGGCGUACCAUGGACGCUUCCGAAAGGGGACAGCUGAUAUACAAGUUGGCUGAUUUAAUUGAGAGAGACCGCUUGCUAUUGGCGACACUGGAGUCAAUAAAUGCUGGAAAAGUAUUUGCCAGUGCAUAUCUGAUGGACCUAGACUACUGCAUCAAAGCCUUACGUUACUGCGCAGGCUGGGCUGACAAGAUCCAGGGGCGGACAAUACCUGUUGAUGGAGAGUUUUUUAGUUACACAAGACAUGAACCUAUUGGUGUAUGUGGUCUAAUUUUUCCUUGGAAUGCCCCGAUGAUUUUGCUUGCUUGUAAGAUAGGGCCUGCCCUUUGCUGUGGAAACACUGUAAUUGUCAAACCAGCAGAGCAAACUCCUCUCACUGCUCUUCAUGUGGCAUCUUUAAUAAAGGAGGCAGGGUUUCCCCCAGGAGUGGUGAAUAUUGUGCCGGGUUAUGGACCCACUGCAGGAGCAGCCAUCUCUUCCCACAUGGAUGUCGACAAAGUGGCGUUCACAGGAUCAACAGAGGUUGGUAAAAUGAUCCAAGAAGCUGCUGCAAAGAGCAAUCUGAAAAGGGUGACCUUGGAGCUCGGUGCCAAGAACCCCUGCAUCGUGUUUGCGGACGCUGACUUGGACAGUGCAGUUGAGUUUGCACACCAAGGAGUCUUCACCAACCAGGGCCAAAGUUGUAUCGCUGCUUCAAAGCUUUUUGUGGAAGAAGCAAUUUAUGAUGAAUUUGUUCAAAGGAGUGUUGAGCGAGCAAAGAAGUACGUUUUUGGCAAUCCUCUGACCCCAGGAGUAAAUCAUGGCCCACAGAUUAACAAGGCCCAACACAACAAAAUAAUGGAACUCAUUGAGAGUGGUAAGAAAGAAGGGGCCAAGCUGGAAUGUGGAGGAGGCCCCUGGGGGAAUAAAGGUUACUUUAUCCAGCCCACAGUUUUCUCCAAUGUGACAGAUGACAUGCGAAUUGCCAAGGAGGAAAUAUUUGGACCAGUCCAGCAAAUCAUGAAGUUUAAAUCUUUGGAUGAAGUGAUCAAGAGAGCCAACAACACUUACUAUGGCUUAGUGGCGGGAGUCUUUACCAAGGAUCUUGAUAAAGCUGUGACUGUGUCCUCUGCUCUGCAGGCUGGGACAGUGUGGGUGAAUUGCUAUUUGGCAGCAUCUGCUCAGAGUCCUGCUGGAGGAUUCAAGAUGUCUGGACAUGGACGAGAAAUGGGAGAAUAUGGAAUUCAUGAAUAUACUGAGGUCAAGACAGUCACGAUGAAAAUUUCUGAGAAAAAUUCGUAAAGAAAACUAUAACAGUGGUGUGAAGACUUCAGCUGCCAAGCAUCUCCUAUAAUCACUAAUAUUGUGGUCUUUUCUUGAUUUAAGUGAAUUAGCAUUUGAAUAACAUUAGCAUUAUAAGCAACCAUAGAAAACUUGGCAUGUAGCUUAUUAGGAAUAAUUUACUUUCUGAUAUAUUACUUCAAAGAUUAUCCUAAAAUCAAAAGGAUGGAUUCACAUAAGAGAUCUCUCUAGUUCUGCAAUAGUCUUAAUAGCUCUUUUCUUUGUAGCUACUUGUCCAGGAUAAUCAAUUUAUAGAGGAGAACAAGUUAUUUAGUGUCUUUCUCUUAAGAAUACCUUGAAAUACUUCACAUAUAUGAUUAUGACUUUCAAGUAGGGAUGCUCUAUAUCCAACGGUUGUGAAAUCAUUGAUUAUCUUGAAAUAUUCUUAGGAGUUUGGUCUUUAUCUAUCAAAAUAAGUAAUUUCUAAAAUACUUUGAUCUCAAUAAAAAUUUCCAUUUCUUUU